UGUCCGGAGCAGAACAUGUCCAACAUAACUUGGAGAGAAAAUGAGACCGCUUUGGGGAAAAGCAACCUGGUUUACACCGUGGUGUUCAGCUGCAUUAUGGUGGUGGGUCUGCCUCUCAACACUGUGUCGCUGUGCACUUUACUCUGUCGCCACAGCCUCAAAUCCUCCAAUGUCGUCUUCCUGGUCAACCUGGCGUUGUCCGACCUGCUGCUGAUCAUCUCGCUCCCCAUGAGGACCUACUUUUACGCCACGGGCACCUGGCCUUUCAGCGUAUCGGCGUGUAUCAGCACGGUGAUGUUAUUUCGCAACAACAUCCGCUCCAGCUCCAUCUUCAUUACCAUGAUCAGCAUGGACCGGCUGCUGGCUGUGGUUUAUCCUCUCAGGUCACGCCACCUGCGAACUGCUUCCAUCGCCUGGAAGUCUGUUGUGGUUGUUUGGCUCUUCCUUCUGGUGAUGAACAUCCCUGAGUCUGUGGAGUUAUGGAGAGGUUUGAAAAACAGCAGUGAUGUGGCAUGUUUUGGUUUUCCUCGCCAAAACUGGAAAGAGGCGAUACCUUAUUUCCAGCCUGUGUUAGUGUUGAUUCUGCUCGCCAUCAACAUUGUAUCCACCGCAUUGGUGUCUUGGACUAUACACAGGCACCUGGACAGCCCUGCGAGGGGCAUUAACAAGGUGAACAUCAUGGUGAUUUUCUCCUUGAACCUGAUGAUGUUUACUAUCUUCUUCUUGCCCAUGACAUUAUCUAUUUUGAUUAAAAACUGGACACCUGCUCUUAAACCACUAAUAUGUCUGGCUAGUGUGAACUGCUGCCUGGAUCCACUUUUAUAUUAUUUUUCUUUGGAGGGAUUCUGGAGGAAAAAGGAAGACUCUCAUGCAAUGGACUCUUAGAUGGUGAUGACAACUGACUGUGAUAUCAAAAGCCAUCUAAGAAGGAAACUCCUGUUAUUUUUAUGUUUGUGGUGAGCACUUGA